UGUUUAUCUACUUGGUACACUAAUUAUUUAUUAAUUAAUUUUUCAGCCGAUAGACAAGACAGUUUUAUUACAUUUGAAGAAAUCCUACAAAUUGCAGUAGCCAAAAGAGUCGACUUUAUUUUACUUGGUGGCGAUUUAUUUCAUGACAGCACACCAUCGCAGAAUGUCGUUUUGAGAUGUAUUAAUUUAUUACGAAAAUAUUGUUUCGGUGAUCGAAAAAUAAAAUUCCAAUUUUUGAGUGAUCCAUCAGAAGUACUGUCAAAUAUCACACAAGAACUUAAUUUUGAAAAUGAAAAUUUGAAUAUUGGUUUACCAAUUUUCACAAUUCAUGGCAACCAUGAUAACCCGAGUUUCGAGUAUACAAGCACGUUGGACAUACUCGCAGCAUCAGGAGUGAUUAAUUAUUUUGGUAAAGUAUCAGAUUUGACUCAAAUAACUAUUUCACCUAUGAUACUGAAAAAAGGUGAUAGUUAUAUUGCUAUUUAUGGCUUGAGUUACAUCGGAGACCAGAGAUUAUCAAGAUUACUUAAGAAUGAUAUGGUAAAAUUUUUACGUCCUGAAAACAUUGAAAACUGUUUCAAUAUCUUGGUAUUACAUCAAAAUCGCGCUGCACACACUCGCCAUGGAAGUAUACCUGAAGAUAAAUUGCCAUCCUUUUUUGAUUUAAUUUUCUGGGGUCACGAACACGAGUGUCGUAUUGUACCUGAACUAAUAUCGUUACCUGACGAUGAAAAGUAUUAUAUCACACAACCAGGGAGUUCGGUUGCAACGUCCAUGGCGAUAGGCGAAUCUAAGCCAAAGCAUGUGGGAGUUUUAAAAAUUCAAGAUGGUCGUUUUUUGAUUGAUGCUAUAAAAUUACAAACAGUAAGACCUUUGGUCUUCGACACAAUCGAUCUUACAGAGAUUAUCAACAAAGGGUAUUGCGAUGAUUCAACCACAGGUGUAUUAGAAUACGUUGAUGAUUAUAUUGCGAAUACGAUGCUUCCUCAAGUCGAACAACUCAUUACUGAGAACCCUAAUCAGCCAAAAAUACCCUUUCUCAGAUUAAAAGUUGUUUACAAAGAAGAAAUACAUAUGUUUGAUUCUAUGUUGAUUACGCGCAAGUAUGCUGAUAGAGUUGCUAAUGCUAAAGACUUGAUAUUAUUUAGACGCGAUAAAAGAGGCCUCAAGCUUGACUCUUUAGACUUUGAUGACAAUGAGGCUGCUGCUGAUUUAGCAGAGUGUUUUCAACACGAGACUGAUAAAGACUGGUCACUGGCUAUUCAAAAAGAAGUGGAAAAUAGUUUAAAAAGAAAUAAUGCUGAGCUAAAUAUACUUUCAUUGCUGGGGAUGAAUGAAGCACUAGAUAGAUGCAUAAAAGCCAAUGAUAAUAACUCUUUUUUUAGUAUCUUCAAUUAUCAAGUAAAGAAGACAUUAGACCACUUUGAGACUCGUGACAUAAAGUUGAAUCGCGCUGAAUACGAAGAAGAAUUAAGAAUCUUCCGAGAAGAACGUGCUAAAAAUUCAACUGAUGAAAUAAAUCAAGUUAAAGGAAUGUUGGACAACAAAGAAGAACGUCAAAGACUUAAUGGAAGCAUCGCCGUGCCAUCGGACCUGAUGGACGUACCAGAUUUAGAAAACGCGGAUGACCCUAUGCCAGUGCCUACUCGUGGUCGUGGACGUGCAAGAGCAUCAAGAGCUAGAGCAGGAACACGCGGUGCAGCUCGUGGUGGCAGAGGACGAGCUGCUGCUCCUGCUGCGUCUCCAGCUAGAAGUCCUCUGACGAUAAGUACUCAGGCUAGAAACAACCAGACAUCAAACAAUGGUAAUGAUCGUUUCUUUCAACCAACUCAACCAAGUCAACUAAUGACAUCAACUCAACGACCAAGUGCUCGUAAACCAACUCAGUUCUACAACAGCGAUUCUGAUUAA